AUGAGCGGACGACGGCCACCCAUCGACAAGCGCAAGUCGUCGACGCUGCACUACCAGACCUUCCCCACGAAACCACCCACGUCACGGGGCCCCCGGCCGUCCAACUCGCCGCCAAAUGGACCUGCCAGCGGCUCGGAGCCGGACGACCAACACCAUGAGUCCCCGCUGCCCAAGAGGCAGCUCAUCGUGCUGGCCAUCAUUGCGCUGGCCGAGCAGACGGCCCUCAAUUCCAUCAGCCCCUACCUGCCCGAGAUGACAAAAGGCUUCCCCGAGGUCAAGGAUGGCCAGACGGGCUUGUACGUUGGCCUCAUUGCAUCCUCGUUCGCCCUAGCUCAGUUCACCACAAACUUCUUCUGGGGCUGGCUGUCAGACAAGAUCGGGAGGAAGCCCGUCAUACUCACAGGCACCUUUCUGACCCUGUUGUCGUUCCUCGCGUUUGGCUUCUGCAGGACCUUGUGGCAGGCCGUUCUCGUGCAAGCAGUCAUGGGAAUAGUGAACGGCAACUCCGGUGUUGUGUCUACCUGUUUGGGCGAGAUCACCGACCGCAGCAACCAGUCACGGGCCUUCACGUACCUACCGGUCGUCUAUGGCAUCGGCGGAAUCACUGGACCCAUCGUGGGAGGCCUGUUGGUCUUUUACAAGAACCCUCUCGAUGGGGGAAAGCCCAACCCAUUCCCCUACUUGCUGCCAAACCUGUUCUCGGCUCUUGUUCUCGGCAUCGAUCUUGUAGUGUGCAUGCUUUUUCUCGAGGAGAGUCUGGAGGAAGCGAGAGAUCUACCACCCCUUGGCAAGCGGAUAGGAAACCUCUUCACACGCAUUUGGCAAUUCACAAGCUCCACACGCCCAUCCUAUAUACCACGCUGGCUAGUCAGGCAGAAGAGCCACCACUCGCAGCACUUGGACGGCAUUGAAGAAGAGGACGAGGAUCUAGACGACACAUCUGAUGCUGACUCGGACGGAGUCGCAGCUGCUCUCUUCCCAGAGACCAAUGGCGAGCUGACAAGCAAGGAGAUUCUCAACCGAGACACAGUCCUGCUCCUUGUCACAUACACCAUCUUCCAGCUCGCAAACAUCUCCUACAACUCGUUGUAUCCCAUCUUCGCCGAGGAGGUAGAGCCAACGGGACGAGGGCUGAAGCCUGAGGCCGUUGGACUGUCGCUGUCUUUUGCGGGGGCCAUUACCAUUGUUUUCCAAGUGGGUAUCUUUGGCAAGCUUCGCGGCAAGCUGGGCAACAAGAUUGCAUACAGGGCCAGUUUGGCCUUUUUCGUUGCAGCUUUCAGCUUGAUGCCCUGGGUGGGCUACAAGGACAAUCCAGGGACCGCUUGGUUGUGGUUCGAGCUUGGUGUCGUACUCGUCAUCAAGACAAUCGCGGGUGUCGGUGGCUUGACAGCUGCUCUGCUCUUGGUAAGCUGUGCACUCGUUGCUUACGAUGACUCCACCUUGCUAAUACAGAAUUAGAUCACCAACUCAGCACCCAACCACAACGUACUGGGUACCCUUAAUGGACUGGCCCAGACCCUCUCAGCUGCAGGUCGCGCUGCUGGUCCCUUUAUCUCAGGAUCGCUCUUCACUGCAGCAACGAAGAUUCAACCCAAAGGAGAAGCGAUACCUUUCGGCAUCUUUGCUGGCAUCUCCUUGCUGGGGUUCUUCCUGAGUUUCGGCAUCCGUGGUGAGAAUCUUGAGGCCGAAGGGUGGAGCGACGAGGACGAGGACGAGGACGAGGAAGAAGACAUCGGCCACGACAGGCAAGAUACAAACGAGCGUUCUGGCCUGCUGCGCAAGUGA